AUCAAACCUCCCCUCUAACCUGUGGCAUUACCAUCAUUCUUGAUCCAGGACAGUGAAACAGCAAGUGGUUGGUGUUCAGUGAGUAAGUUGGAUCUUUUGGAAGAUUCAUCAUCACAAGUAAACCAUCAUAUGCGAAGAGAUUAUUAUGAGGAAACCAUUAGAGCCCUUGGACCCUGUGAGGAAUCGGGGGGCUGAUUUUUCCUGUCAGGUUUAAGUAGAGUGGCCGUGUAACCAUGCCUGGCGCUCCAUAGUUUCGAGACCACCGGACCUCUGAGCUGCCCAUCAACCAUGGAUCCCACGUUCCGUGGCUUAAAUUCCACUCUUCCGGAGUGGAGCAGCAGGCGUCACCGAGCGCACCGUGUGAGGAGGAAACUUCGUCUGUCACGGGUCCUUGGUCUCAUCCUGAGCAUUUCAGCCCUCUCGAUGUUCCUGUCCUGGAGUGCCUUUACAACUUUGGGGCCAUUUUCGGAAUGGACACCACCCACCAACCACGAAGGACUUGCAGGGCAAAUGCCACAUAGAACUGUCCUCUCUUCCGAGGUCGAGGGCAAUGCAUCUGCACGUUUGCCCAUUGCCAUGGCAUCCUCUGGUGAGCACCACAAGGGGGAAUAUCCAGAGGACCUGUUCUCGCUCGAGGAGAGGAGACAAGGUGCCGUCGUGCUCCAUAUGUUCGGUAUGAUGUACAUGUUCAUCGCCCUUGCCAUCGUGUGCGACGAGUUCUUCGUUCCUGCGCUCACCGUCAUCACGGAAAAGCUCCAGAUUUCGGACGACGUGGCAGGGGCCACCUUUAUGGCCGCCGGAGGAUCCGCCCCUGAGCUCUUCACAUCUGUGAUCGGCGUUUUCAUCUCGCACAGCAACGUGGGAAUUGGUACCAUCGUGGGUUCUGCGGUGUUCAACAUUUUGUUCGUGAUCGGUAUGUGUGCUCUCUUCUCGCGGGAGAUUCUGAACCUCACCUGGUGGCCUCUAUUUAGAGAUGUCUCCUUUUAUAUUGUUGGACUUAUCAUGUUAAUCGUCUUCUUUCUGGAUAACUACAUUACCUAUUCAGAGAGCUUGGGACUGCUGCUCUGUUAUGCUAGCUAUGUUACAUUUAUGAAGUACAACGUAACUGUAGAGACUUGGAUCAAAAGCAAACUAAGCAGGAAUCAAGUGGAUGACAUCGAAGCUUCUCCUAAGGUUACGAGUGGAGGAGAUGAUGAAAAUAAACUUUCUGCUAAGCCCCGUCUCCAGCGAGGAGGAAGCUCCGCCUCCUUACACAACACACUAAUGAGAAACAGCAUUUUCCAGCUAAUGAUUCACACACUUGACCCACUCAGUGAGGGGAGAUUUAAGGAGAAGGCGUCCAUUCUACACAAGAUUGCAAGAAAAAAGGGUCAGGAUGAGGCAAAUGGUGUAGCAGAUAAAAACCUUCCCAACAGCAGCUGUGUGGAGGUAGAGGUCACUCCACCUAUGAAUGGCAAUGCUGUCGGUCCUAAGGAGGAAGAGGAGGAACAUGAAGAUCAGCCUUUGAGCUUGGCAUGGCCUGACACGCCACGGAAGCGAGCAACGUACCUCGUCAUUUUCCCCAUCGUCUUUCCGUUGUGGUUGACUCUGCCAGAUGUCCGUCGAGAAACUUCAAAGAAGUUUUUUCCCAUGACAUUUUUGGGAUCCAUCACCUGGAUUGCCAUUUUCUCCUAUCUGAUGGUGUGGUGGGCUCAUCAGGUUGGUGAGACUAUGGGAAUCACAGAGGAAAUAAUGGGUUUGACCAUUCUAGCGGCUGGUACCUCCAUUCCAGAUCUCAUCACCAGCGUUAUUGUCGCACGGAAAGGUCUCGGAGACAUGGCCGUGUCCAGCUCAGUCGGCUCCAACAUAUUCGACAUCACUGUGGGCCUGCCGUUUCCAUGGUUGAUGUUUUCUUUGUUUAACGAUCUGAGUCCAGUGGCGGUGAGCAGUAAUGGUCUGUUCUGCGCCAUCGUUCUGCUCUUCCUCAUGCUUCUCUUCGUCAUCAUCUCCAUCGGCGUGUGCAAGUGGAAGAUGAGCAAGCUUCUGGGGUCCCUCAUGUUCUUGCUAUACUUCGUCUUCCUGGUGGUCAGUGUAAUGCUGGAGGACAAGAUCAUCAUCUGCCCAGUCUCCAUCUGAGUCCUUCAUCUUAAGCGCCCUUUUCCUGACUCCGGGUUACCUUCCGAUUUCCUUCAGACUCAGGGCCCUUUAACUAUGAAGUGGAUGUGAAAAUGCAUCUAAUUAGUAGUUCAUUAUGGGAAGUACCACGGUGGUACAUAGAGACUUGAUGUACUGUAGGUUUAGCCAUUUCUAUCACUCUGCAUGCAGAGGUUGAACUUUAUCAGUGGAGACGACACAUCCAAAGAGGAGGAAGACAUUUAUGGAGAAUGUCUACUGAAGACUCAGGAAAGGACCUACGGUGCAAAUAUGCAUACCUAUUUAAACAACGAAACGCUGAUUCUUGUAGUGUGCUUUACAGCUUUUGGUUAUGUAAGCCUUGUAACAAUCAUUUAAAAGAAAAAGCUCUGUAAUUGCUUUUGUCUGAACGCUGGUCCUUUCUGAAUGUUACUUGAGCAUUUUCGAUCUGAGUAUAUCAUUUAACUUAUUGAAUAGACUUGUAGACAGUCUUCUGAAGUCUAGGCCUACACAUAAUCAAUAUUCAACUCACAGAUUGUGAGCACUCGUACAAUUGAAUAUAAUCAAUCGUAUUAACUGUUUUCUGUCAAUGCAAUAUUUUCUAUAGAGAAUAUAUAUUCUCUGGGACUGAUGUCUAAUUUUUAAUGUGAUAUUUUUGGCAAACUCAAUGAAUGAAAAGUUAAAACUUACACGCACGUUUCUCUUUAUUACUUUACCACAAAACCAGUCUAGUCUGCUGUAUGUGAAUGUGACUUCAUUAUAAAUUUCAUGGGACUAGUCUGUUAAGCAAUAUACAUAAAUUAUUCACUUUAUAGAGGUCCUUAUUAAUAAUGCAUUACUGCCUGUAUCUCUCAAUACUGUCUUGGUAUGAUUGAUUGGGAUUUGAAAGUGAAAUAACUGGUGCUUAUAAAAGGAAUUAAGCACCCAAAAGCUUUGAAGUUGACUGUUUAUAUUUAGGUAAAAUGGCACAUAUCUACUCGUUCAUAAUUUUUGUAUAUUUACAUAAGUGAUGAACAAAAUAAAAAAAUUUCUGGAGUUAAAUAUAAGAAGUAUUAUUUGCACAAUCAGAAAUGUGCAAUAUUUUGACUUUGUAGAAAUGAACACACUUAAAAUGCAAUAUGUUGUAUGUGAUACUGUGCAUCAAUGAUUAUUUUAUAAUGGCUUAAGCAUUAUAACAAAGCAAGUAAAGUAAUUAAUAUGAUACCCAAUGCAAAUUAUUUUAGGCCACACUUAAACAUGUACGGAUUUUUCUGCACCAUAUUUUUAUCUACUAAGGGAUUCAAAAUGUUAAAUAAAUUCAACGUUUUGCUCAAUCCUCAUGUUUGAUGAGGAUGAUACAGUUUUUUUCAUGAUCAGAUCAUACAAAAAGUGAUGUCAAAAUAAUGUAAUUUCACAUUGUUGCCUAUAAAGGCAGUAAAGAAGGAACCUAUCUUUAAACAAAAAUUAAAGGUAUAAUCUAAAGCUCUCAUUUCUACAUAUGGUUUUGCUUUCAAAUAACUGCAUUAAGAUGAGUGAUGUAAGUGAUUUUCUAUACAGCAUCUUAUGUUUCCAUCUUCUGCAUU